UUUUAUUUUUGUGCUUAAACUUUUUUCUUCUUUUCUUUUUGCUUGUUGAAUAAGAAUAUUUGAUGGCUCGUCGGUGGUCUCAAUCCUCAUAGUAACCAUGGUUGUCACAUGCAUAUAUUUGAAGGGUGCAUGUCCUUUCAUUGUAGAUAGAAUCCAACAUCUAGAAACCAAGUGAAAAAUAUCAGUUGUCCUGUCUGAAAGGGAACUUAUUUUCCACCACACUAGAAAGAAAAAAUAUCAUGAUUCCUUCUUCGCCUGCUAAAAUUCUCAUCGGCAUCUCUCUUGAUGCUGGUGAAAGUAAAGAGCUUCUGCACUGGGCUAUCAAAGUCCUAGCAAAGCCAGGCGACACCCUCGUCGCUCUGCAUGUAAUUGGUGCCAUGCCAAACAAGAAAGCCGCCGAUGGAGGGAAAUCGGCUAGGAAGUAUCAGAGACAAAUCCGUCAGGCGAAAUCGUUUGUUAUAUCCACCGUAGGAGAACUUGUCAAGACCUGUCAGUCCAAUGAGGUUAAUUUGGAGGCUAGAGUUGGACUAAAUUACAGUGCAGGUAGAGGUCUGAUUGAAGAAGCAAAAAGCCUGGAAGCAGAUUAUCUUAUCAUCGGUGGCAAACGGAACCGGCCAAACAGACCGCCAUCCUCAAUUUCAAAGUACUGCUUUGAGCACAUCCCACAACGUUGUUCGUUAGUCCUGAUUCGUAGAAACGAAGGGCUAAGACAAGAUUCACAAGAUUCUGAUCAUAGGUCCAGCUGCAGGUGGUCUGAAAAGAAUUCAUGCACUGAAAAGUCAUUCUCAUCGGACGAGAACGAAAUCUCAUCAAACAUGAAGUCGAAAAAGCCUUCACCAAGAACAGUGCUGGAUGUGUGUGAAGACAGUUCCAGCUCAGGGGAAACUGAAUCAUGCAGCACAGUGACUUCUCUGAUGGCAACAGAACUCAAAGGGAAACAAGAAUCCAGGAAGCCGAUGUCGCCUUUUAAGCUGAUUUCGUUUUUAUUUCGCCCGCCGUCGUUCGAUUGGAGCACAAGAAAGCAGAAUGAUGCAUUGUUCAAUAAGCAGAAGCAGCAGCGGCCUCUACUUAGGUGCUUUACCUAUCAUGAAAUUGCAAGAGCUACCAACAAUUUCCACAUAGAAAAUAUGGUGGGAAAAGGUGGGUAUUCAGAGGUUUACAAAGGAGAAAUUGGGAAGGGCAGCAGCAGCAGCAUAGCGGUGAAGCGUUUGGCAAAGGACAACAGCAAUGCGAACAAGGAAAAGGAGUUUCUGGUGGAGUUGGGGAUAAUAGGGCAUGUCAACCAUCCCAACACUGCCAAAUUGCUUGGUUUUUGCAUUGACAAUGGACUCUAUCUCAUCUUCAACUUCUACCCCAAUGGCACUCUCUCCUCUGCUUUGCAUGGUCAAACAAGUAAGCCUCUGGACUGGCCAAUCAGAUACAGAAUAGUGCUGGGGAUUGCAAGGGGUCUACACUACCUUCACAAGUGCUGCAAACACCGAAUCAUUCAUCGUGAUAUCAAAGCCUCCAACGUGCUUCUUGGUCCAGACUAUGAGCCUCAGAUUUCGGAUUUUGGUCUGGCAAAAUGGCUGCCUAGCAAAUGGACUCAUCAUGCAGUUAUUCCAAUCGAGGGAACGUUUGGGUACUUAGCUCCCGAGUACUUCAUGCAUGGCAUUGUGGAUGAGAAGACCGAUGUUUUUGCAUUCGGAGUACUUCUAUUGGAGAUCAUUACCGGCAGGAGGCCCGUCGACUCCACUAGGCAAAACCUGCUUCUAUGGGCGAGGCCAUUGAUGGAGUGUGGAAAUUUGAGUGAAUUGGCUGAUCCGAAAUUGGAAGGUAGAUAUGACAUGGAUCAAUUGUAUAGAGUGGCUCUAACGGCGUCGUAUUGUGUGCGGCAAUCUUCGCUAUGGAGACCCUCUAUGACCGAGGUGUUGCAACUGCUAACAUACGGACAAGAUUCUGAAGUAGCACGAAGUCGGAGAAUACCAAGGUUUACAAGUGAGGAGAUGGAUGAUUACUCCAUGAUUUUUGGCUAUGAUCUUCCAUCUGAUUUAGCUCUUGAUGAUAUUUAAUUUUAUACAUAUAUAGGAAUUUUCUUUUUUGUUUUUUUUUAGUUAUUAUGGUUUUAAUUACUUGGUAAACAUAUAUAUAUAUAUAUGGUCUAAUUCUUUUUAAUAUAGAGGCAAGAACUAUUAGAAAUAUGGAACAUAAAUCGUUGUGUCAUGGGAUAACCACUGGCAAAAGUUAAAUUACGGGUAUGAUUGAGGUGCAA